AUGGCGCGCCUCCACCUCGUGGUCGUGGCCAUGGCCAUGGCCAUGCUCUUCGCCGCCGCGGCGGCGCAGGGGCCGAGCGCCUCCCCGACGCCGGCUCCCAAGGCGCAGCCUCCGGCGGCGACGCCGCCUGUUCGGCCACCGGCCGCGGCGCCGGUGUCCCCUCCGGCUCAGCCCCCGGUGCUGACGCCUCCCCCGGCCUCCUCACCGGCGCCCGCCCCCAACGCCGCCGCGCCGUCACCGCAGGCCGCGACGCCGACAGCGGAGCCCCCCGCGCUCUCGCCGCCGGCGCCGGAGCCGACCGCGCAGUCUCCGUCCGAGCCGCCGGCGGCCUCUACCCCGCCGCCGAGCGCCGCGUCCGGAGUCCCCCCCGCCUCCGCCGCCUGGGCCGCUGCAGCGGCCGUGGCAGCCGUCGCCGCGUUCUACUGA